UACUACCUGUCACUUAUGUCUCAAUGAGUCACCAGCACACAGAGCCCAAGAGCUAUGCAGGACCAGAGGUUUGUCUCCAUCUCCAUGGAGACCCGAGAGGGGAAGCCCUGCAGGUCUCUUGCUGGCUGGUGGUCGGGGUCAGUACUGGACUGCAGGACUCCUGACCCUGACCAGAGCAUUCCCCACUGUGUGUUACAGGAACAGGCAGAAGCUGAAGUGUGUCAGAGGAGGAGGCUGCCGGUUCCAGUGAAUGGUGCUGACCCCACUGAGAUCAACACCUUGCUGGAGGCCUCACACACUGAAAGACAUGCAAAGGAAAUAAUUCAGGACCAACUGGUGGGCUCCAAAAAGUUCUUCUAUGAAGAAGGUGAUGCAGGCUCUGCUGCAUCCUGCGUGUGA